AUGUCCUACGAUCAAGAAGAACUCGCUUUCCGUCAAGAGGUUGAAGCUGUUAAGCAAUGGUGGGCCUCCGAUCGUUUCAAGCUUGUCAAGCGUCCUUAUACCGCUGAACAAAUUGUUUCCAAGCGUGGUACCCUCCCUACUGAAUAUCGUUCCAAUGCCCAAGCCAAGAAGUUGUGGAAGUUGCUUCAACAUAACAAGAAGACCGGCGAAACCACCCACACCUUUGGUGCUCUUGAUCCUGUCCAAGUCACUCAAAUGGCCAGUGCUGGUAUUGAGACUGUCUAUGUGAGUGGUUGGCAAUGCUCCUCUACCGCUUCUACCAGCAACGAACCUGGACCUGAUCUUGCCGAUUAUCCCAUGGACACUGUUCCCAACAAGGUUGAACAUCUCUUCUUUGCUCAACUUUUCCAUGAUCGUAAGCAACGUGAAGCUCGUCUUGCCAUGACCCCUGAAGAACGUGCCAAGACUCCCAAGAUCGAUUAUCUUCGUCCUAUUGUUGCUGAUGCUGAUACUGGUCAUGGUGGUGUUACUGCUGUCAUGAAGUUGGCCAAGAUGUUUGUUGAACGUGGUGCUGCUGGUAUUCACAUUGAGGAUCAAUCUCCUGCCAACAAAAAGUGUGGUCAUAUGGCUGGCAAGGUCUUGGUGCCUACGAGCGAGCAUAUCAAUCGUCUUGUUGCCAUUCGUGUGCAAUAUGAUAUUAUGGGUGUUGAGAACUUGGUGGUGGCCCGCUCUGAUGCUGAAGCUGCUACCUUGAUCACCAGCAACAUUGAUCCUCGCGACCACGAAUUCGUUGUUGGUGCUACCAACCCCAACUUGGCUCCUUUGGCAUCUGUGAUGGCUGAAGCUGAACUUGCUGGCAAGACCGGUGAUGCUUUGCAAGCUGUUGAAGAUGAAUGGAUUGCCAAGGCUGGUUUGAAGCGUUAUGGCACUGCUGUUGCUGAUGAACUUCGCAAGGCUGGCCGUGCUCAACAAGCUGAUGAGUUCUUGAGCAAGAUCCAUUACAAGUCCAAUGCUGAAGCUCGUGCUAUUGCCAAGUCCUAUGGCGUUGAAAUCUUUUGGGAUUGGGAUACUCCUCGUGUCCGUGAAGGUCAUUAUCGCUAUGAAGGUGGUACUGAGGCUGCUACUUCCCGUGCUAUCGCUUAUGCUCCUUAUGCCGAUAUGCUUUGGAUGGAGACCAAGAAGCCUAUCCUCUCUCAAGCUGAACAAUUCUCUCGUGGUGUCUUGGCUGCUUCUCCUCAAUCGUUGCUCUGCUACAACUUGUCGCCUUCCUUCAACUGGGAUGCUGCUGGUUUGAGUGACGAAGACAUGCGUGCAUUCGUAUGGCAAUUGGGCAAGCUUGGCUUUGUCUGGCAAUUCAUUACGCUUGGUGGUCUCCACGCCAACGCUUUGGCUACUGCCUCCUUUGCACGUGCUUACAAGAAGGAUGGCAUGUAUGGCUAUGUCAACAAUGUCCAACGUCAAGAACGUGCCCAAGACGUCGAUGUGCUCCAACAUCAAAAGUGGUCCGGUGCCAGCUAUGUUGACAAUGUCAUGAAGAUCGUCACUGGUGGUGUUGCUGCUACUGCUGCCAUGGGCAAGGGCGUUACUGAAGACCAAUUCAAGAACUAA